AGAACCGCUAAAAAAAAUGAGCAGAGAAGAAGACGAGCUAAGCGUCAAAAGAAGAUUAGUAGUGGUAGUAUCAUUUAAGGAAAUAACAGACCUUUUCUGGUCCGUAUGUCUCCUUUUUCCCUCUUUUAUCUGAUGUCGAGUCCAAAGCACCGACACAGUCUCCGACUUUCGCCAGGUCGCCGACCGAUGCCGAUUCCUCUUUAGUUGAUGGCGUCUUGACUCGUUUCAUCCGGUAAAUUUGUAGAGCCAACUUAUCCUGGAGGUUAAAAAAAUUGGAAUUGUUUGCAUUGGGCUUUGAGCAGAGGUGAAGGGUUGUAAUGGCUGAAGGGGAGGAGCUAGUUGAACUUAAGUUCAGAAUCUAUGACGGGACAGAUAUAGGACAUGGAACCUAUAUAUCAUCAACAGCUAUUUCUGUGCUCAAACAAAGGCUUGUUCAUCAGUGGCCUCAAGAUAAAUCUAUCGCACCCAAGUCAGCUGGUGAUAUCAAACUAAUACAUGCUGGAAAAAUUUUGGACGAUGGAAGGACACUUGCUGAGUCAAGAAUACCCAUUGGUGAUGUCUCUGGUGGAGUUAUUACAAUGCAUGUCGUGGUGCAACCCCCUAAUAGUGGAAAGAAAACAGAAAAGAACCCAAGUAAGACACAAAGAUGCUUGUGCGCCAUCCUUUAAAGUCAAACAGUCUGCUUCGAGGCCGAAUGCUGAGAGGAAUUCCCUGUACAUUUUCACCUUCCUUCCUUCUGUUGCGCAACGUAAAAUCUCCAUAGGAUUUCUUUUCGGAAACAGGAGUACAACAGACGAAAACUUAUUAUUGGCAUACAUGAAUUGGAAAUCAACCCUUUUAAGCUUUGCAAGUGUUUUUGUCGUUCAGUGUUCAUUCUUCAGAAAGGGAAACGACCGCUACGCAUCACCUGGUAUAUGAUGGGAAAAUGUUGGGUACAUGAGGUGAUACGUGUGUAUAUGGCUAUAUGCAACUCCUGGUAAGAAAUGGACGACUAGGUAAUAUAGUACCAUUCCUAUUCUGUA